CCAAAACAUGUUGAAUCCAAGGAAAUAAAUAUUUAAUUUCAGAGUGAAUAUGUUGUGGAUAUUCUUGGUCUGCGCAUGCGCCGUCGUAGAGGCGCAGCAUCAAAAUCCUCCAGGGGUUAAUCCACAGCAAUACCAGCAGGUGCAACAGCCACCACCCCCUCAACAACAAUUUCAGGGGCAACCACAACAGUUCCAGGGACAACCACAACAGCAAUUCCAGGGCCAGCCACAGCAACAUGUCCAAGGGCAUCCACAACAGCAGUUUCAAGGUCAACCUCAGCAACAAUUUCAGGGUCAGCCCCAACAGCAAUUUCAAGGUCAACCACAACAGCAAUUCCAGGGCCAGCCUCAACAGGUACCUCAACAGCAACAGCCUCGUCAGACUCACAACCAUGCUCACGGUGGAAACCAACAGGUUCUACACAAGGACAUGAAGCAUGAAGCCGAACAUAUGAAGGAACAUAUGGAGGUUCCUAUUGAUACGAGUAAUAUGUCUGAACAAGAACUUCAGUUCCAUUACUUCAAGAUGCAUGAUUCCGACAAUAACAAUAAGUUGGAUGGGUGUGAGCUCGUUAAAUCUCUAAUUCAUUGGCACGAUCAAUCCAAUCAUGAUCCUAAGUCUGGGGAACCUAUUCCUGAAGCUAAAAUAUUCAAAGAUGAUGAACUCAAGAAUAUGAUUGAUCCUAUCCUUGAUGCAGAUGAUAGGAACAGGGACGGAUUCAUUGAUUAUCCAGAGUUUGUAGCAGCCCAGCAAGCUGCUUCUAAAGCUCAAGAAGCAGUUGUUUAAGCUGCUGUUCUCAUUGCAGCUUUUUAUUAGCUGUCCCUUGGUUAUGGUCCAAACAGGAUAAUAUUGCACACACAUAUACACACA